AUGUUGAAAGUGACCACCAUCUCCCCAAAGGACAUCUGGUGGGGCAACAUGCACCUGUUGGGCUUUUGCCCAAUCAAGAAUGAGAAAGAGUACACAGUUUCUUGCCAUCAGUACCUGUUCAAGCAAGUGAGCGCCAAGGGCAUGCCACUGGUAGUUUACUUCCUACUUUGUCAAAUCAACAGAGCCAAAAUGAAGAAGUAUUCCCUCCACCAAAGUGCCAUCUCUUCCAGCUUCUAUGCUCUUCUCUGGCAGCUCUCCAUUGCAGUGAUCAAGAGCACUCUGGUCAAGAAGUACCCUUCUGUCAUGCCUCUGCAGAAGCAUCUGAUCAAUGCCACCACCUACAUUUGCUCACCAGCAAACAUUCAAUCUCCAGAACAAAGUGAAAGGAGAACACAAGCACAGCUUUGA